AUGCCACUCAUCAUCCUAACCGGUUACCCCUGCUCGGGGCUAACCUAUCGCGCAAACCAACUCGCCGCGGCCCUAGAAGAAACCCAAACCCAGCUCUUCUCCUCCGACACGCCCCCAAAGUCCAAAUACAAGAUCCACGUCGUCUCGACGCACGAUAAUGUCAACCACCCGCGGACAGUGUACGAUACGGCGCGCACGGAGAAGGAGGCGCGCGGGAUCGCGUAUACCCGGGCAAAGCGCAUGCUGGGCAAAGACAGCUUUGUGAUUCUGGACGGCAUGAAUUAUAUCAAGGGGUAUCGGUAUCAGCUCUGGUGUGAGGCGAAGGCUUUUGGGACGACAAGUUGUGUUGUUCAUGUUGGUACACCGAUUGACCAGUGCGUUGCGAACAAUGAGGCCCGGAUAGAGAGAAAGAACGCUUCCAACGAAAACAAGGAGAGCAAAAACCAAAGCGAGAACCAAAAGUCAAACUCCGAAUCCUCACCAAAAACGUCACCCUCAGCCUCAAACAACGAAGCCGGCGAGGCCAGCGAGGCCAGCGACCCCUACCCACCAGACCUCCUCGACAACCUCAUCUUCCGCUACGAGGAACCCUCCAUGAACAGCCGCUGGGAUAAGCCCCUCUUCACAGUCCCCUGGCCCGACGCCGAGCCCCCCAUCGCCGAAAUCUGGACCGCCCUAACAGGCAUCCCGCACCCCUCCACCAUCCCCCAAGAAGGACAAGAGGAACCCUCAAUAUCCCCCCUCACAGCCGCCCUCAACUCAACAUCCCUCUCCUCAGCCGCAAGCACAACAACAAGAAGAACCCCAGGCGCAGCCACCACCACAGCAGGAGGAGGCCGAGGAACGCUCUCAACCCGCCCCCGCGUCGCAAUAAAACCACACCAGGCAACCGUCCUCCCCGCAACAUCCGACUCCUCAGCUCUAUACAACAUGGAAAAACGCACGUCCGCAAUCGUGCAAGCAAUCCGCACCUUCACGCUCUCGAACCCAUCUGCAAAAGCCGCCCUCGCUGCGUCAAACCAGCAGCAGCAACAGCGCCAGCAUAAACAACCCGACGACGCCCCGGACCGCCAGGAAGAGGGCAUCCGUGUCCCUGUCCCGGAGUCCUCAACGCCUAUCUUCAUCCCCGCUCAUAUCGUCCUAGGGAGUGUAACGGAUGACCUUGCCGCUGCCGGGGGUGUGCUUACGCUCCCGCGGCUGCAGAGGCUGAGGAGGCAGUGGAUUACGCUGAACAGGGCGUAUAUUGGGGCGCCGCAUGCGGCGGGGAAGGGAGGUGGUGGGUUGAAGGACGAGGAGCUGGGAGAUGCGUUUGUGAGGUUUUUAAAUGCGGACUUUGCAGAUGAGAUUGGGGCUUGA